UGGCAACUAUCAUCAGUCUUCAAUAUUUUUGGGGCCUAUUACUGCUCUCACUUUCACUUUAUGUUACUCGCUCCACCCCUGCCAAAACUCCUUGUGUUUAUAUUGUCUAUCUGGGGAUGAAUCAUAUUCGUGAUCCUAUGCUCACUUCAGACUACCAUGUUCAACUUCUAUCUAAAGUCUUUCUAAGUGAAGAAGAUGCAAAGCAAGCCAUGGUGUAUAGCUACAAGCAUAGUUUCUCAGGGUUUUCAGCAAUGCUCGAUUCAACCCAAGCAUCCGCUUUAGCUAAGAGGAAAGAAGUAAUAUCAGUGUUUAAAAGCAAGACGCUGCAUUUGCACACAACAAGGAGUUGGGACUUCCUGGGACUUACCUUAGGCCAUAUGGCCACGCCUACGCCCAGCAAUAACAACAUCACCAAUAAUAAUAAUAUGGCCUACAUUUAUGGUGAUGAUGUUGUAGUUGGGAUCAUUGAUUCAGGUAUAUGGCCGGAAUCUCGUAGCUUUAGGGAAGAUGGUGGGAUGAAGCCUAUCCCAUGGAGCUGGAAAGGAAGGUGUUGUAAAGGAGAAAUGUUUGAGCCAGAGAAAGCGUGCAACCGCAAGUUAAUCGGCGCUCGUUACUACUUGGAAGGGUUCGAAAGAAGAUACGGGCCACUCAACCGCAGCGGGAAUCCGGAAUACCGAUCGGCCAGAGAUUUCCUGGGCCACGGGACCCACACGGCGUCAACAGCAGUGGGAUCCGUAGUAGAUGAAGCAAUCAGUUUCAUGGGGUCACUGGGGAAGGGAAUUGCAAGAGGGGGUGCUCCAAGGGCUCGUCUCGCAGUGUACAAAGCCUGCUGGGGGAAGGAUUACGAAUCCAUAUGCAACGAAGCUGACGUCAUUGCAGCUUUUGAUGAUGCUCUCUACGAUGGGGUGCAUGUCAUCUCCGCUUCCAUCGGUGUCACUCCCCCAUUACGGCCCUUUUUUAAUUCCAGCACUGCCAUCGGCUCCUUCCAUGCAGCCCAGCUGGGAGUUUCUGUGGUCUUCUCCGCCGGGAAUGAUGGAUCCGAUCCAGGUCUUGUCACCAAUGUUGCGCCUUGGUCCAUUUCUGUCGCUGCUUCCUCUAUUGAUCGAAUGUUUUCUACUUCCAUUAUUCUCCCAGAUACCAAUCUUUCCUUCCUGGGAGAAAGUUUUAUCACCUCACCUAUUAAAGCCAAAUUGGCGGAUGCAUAUCCCUAUUUUUUCAAUUCGAUUUGCAGGGCCAGUAACCGGAGAAAUGUAUCAAAAACAGCGGAGGGUAAAGUGAUAAUAUGCUUCUCCACUGCCGGACAAGUGAAUGUUGAGGAGGCAGAAGAAGCAGCGAGGAAUGCUAGCGCAUUGGCUUUGAUCUUCGUGGAACCCACCGUCAAGCUCACUCUAGUUGAUACAAUCCCCACUCUUCAUCUCAACAUUCAACAGGGAACUCUACUUAGGAACUUUCUUGUUUCUUCUCGCAAGCCCCCACUAGUGCACAUAGAAGCAAGUAAAACCAUCAUCGGCAAGUCACCGGCUCCUACUGUUGCUUUCUUCUCCUCAAGAGGCCCUAGCUCCCUUGCACCCGAUAUUCUCAAGCCAGACAUAAGCGCUCCAGGAGUAAACAUAUUGGCAGCAUGGCCUGAAAAUACUCCUCCAACCGUGGAUCCUAGUGACAAACGAAGAAAUGUGAAGUGGAAUUUUCUGUCAGGAACUUCCAUGUCAUGCCCGCACGUCUCCGCCAUUGUUGCCCUCCUCAAAUCAGCUCAUCCCCACUGGUCUCCGGCCGCCAUCCGAUCUGCCCUCGUCACCACCGCCUACAACACCGACAAAUACUCCGUCCACCACCCCAUUCUCGACUCCGCUUCCAUGAAACCUUCCGAUCCCUUCGACGUCGGAGCCGGCCACGUUGACCCCUUGAAAGCAUUCGAUCCCGGGUUGGUGUACGACAUGGAAACCACCGACUACAUUCUAUUCCUCUGCCACAUCGGCUACACCCAGCAGCAGAUUGAAGCCAUGCUAAUUCUAGCCCCCUGCCCCCACCCUGACGUCACCACCACGUGUGCUGCCUCAUCCACAAAUCUAAUAUCCAACAUGAAUUACCCUUCCAUCACCGUCACCGAUCUGCGAUCCCCUCGCACCCUUAAGCGCAGGGUUCGCAAUGUUGGGCAUAACAGGAACGCCGUUUACUUGAUUUGGAGGAUUGUUAAGCCUCUUGGAGUGGAGGUGGUCAUAAGGCCCAGGGUUUUAGUAUUCUCCUGGUUUAGGCAAGAGAUUACCUACUAUGUCACCCUCUACCCUAUUCACAACUCUCCACCAGCAACUGGCCGAAGAUGUGAUUUUGGGGACAUUGUUUGGUCAGAUGGCUUUCAUCACGUAAGGUCUCCCUUGGUUGUGUGCGUCAAUAACCACCACAACCACAACGCUACUGCUCAGCAGCAGCCUCGUAAUAAUUUCUUGUUUCUCCAACGCAAAUGAUUUAUCAUGCAUGCUCCCUUCUAUUUUCCUCUUUAAAAUUCAAUGUAUGAAUGAUGAUGUUAAUCAUCGAUCCACAACCGCAUGCAUGAAUGAAUAAUAAUAUUUGAAUUUCUAAAUCAGAUACAGAUCUGAUUGGUUAAAGUGUGUAUGUCCAUAUCAUGUAUAUGUGAACAUUU